UCUUACCUUUUUAUCUUUAGCACCAGCAUCCUUACAUAUCAGCAAUGAUAAAUAAUGGAACUUUACAUUAUGAUCAUGAUCGUGAUGGUACCCAUACCCAGUUAGCUGGAUGUGAAGCCAAGUUUAGGAAUGUGGAUUAUGAUACAUAUAUUUCUGUAAAGUAUGAGCAUGAUGUACUAACAGUAUCAACUGAUAUAGAAAAUAAAGCAGCAUGGAAGGAAUGCUUUCAAGUAAAAGGAGUUAAAUUACCAACAGGAUAUUACUUUGGAUUUUCGGCAACUACAGGGGAUCUGUCUGAUAAUCAUGAUAUUAUUUCAGUAAAAAUGUAUGAACUAGACCAGCCAAAUGAGGCUGAAGCAAAAGAAGACAGGUCUAAUAUUCUGCCUUCAGCCACAUACUUUGAGCCUCCCAGAGAUCACGUUGAUGAUGCUAAACCGUCUUCAUUGUCUGGUAUUAAAAUUUUCUUACUCAUGCUGGUAGGAAGUAUAGCUCUUGUUGCAUGUGUGGUACUUGGAUGUAUGUUUUAUCAAAAGCAACAAGAACAGAGCAGAAAGAGGUUUUAUUAAGUGUACAUAAUUUUUGAUA